AUGAACAAGAAGGAGGUAUUGAAGCUAGCAAAGGGGUUUAGGGGAAGAGCAAAGAACUGCAUAAGAAUAGCGAGAGAGAGAGUCGAGAAAGCUCUUCAAUACUCUUACAGAGACCGCCGCAACAAGAAGCGUGACAUGCGUUCUCUCUGGAUCGAACGCAUCAACGCCGGCACUCGUCAACACGGC